AUUGUUCAAAUUUAUAUCGUCGCGGAUUCGGCUGCGCGCGGUCUGAGUUCGCGUGUGGCGAGUCGGGAAGCCAACACGCGCGCGUUUCUCUUACGCGUCGACCAAAAAAUUCGUCGGACUUUUAAUAUCAUCUAGUAUUUAAUAUCGAAUAACUCAGUAAAGUCGCACAUUCGGUCAUGAACGGUAACAACGGCAAUUUGUUGGAGCGCGCCGAAGUGGACGAGCUGUUGAAGGCGGUCUACGACGAACUUAAAAUUCGGCCAAAAAAUGUGAACAUUGAAACCGGAUCGAAUCCUGGUGAUGGAUACAUGAGUUUCCUGACGCGCGUUGAUAUCACCACCGAUGAUGACAAGGAGGUGCACGUUGUGAUGAAGGGUGCGCCCCGGAUUGAAGAAUUUCGUAAACUAACGCCUGUCCAUGAUGCAUUUCUGCGCGAAACUUUAUUCUACGAGGAAGUGGUGCCAACAUUUCGUAAAUUCCAAACCGAGACUUGUCCGGUUCGUGAACCUUUUGACGCGACCGCAAAGUUUUACCACGCGUGCAAAGACAACAUGAAGGAGGUGCUCGUAAUGGAAAACAUCAAAACCAAAGGUUUCAAGCUAUGGGACAGGAUGAAGUACAUGGAUAAUCAACACAUCGAGCUGGUACUGAAGACAUACGGGAAGUACCAUGCAGUUUCCUAUGCCAUGCAACAACAAGACCCCGAAGGUUACGCGCGUCUUAAGGAGAAGAUGAUAUUGGAUGUUUUCAGAUUGGAUAAUGUAGACCCAGCGAUGUUCGAAAUUUUUGACGCUGCAUUACAAAGGGUAAAGCCAUUAUUCGCAGAUGACGCCAAGGCAUCAAAAAAACUCAAUGAUUACCGCCCCAUUGAAAUUUGGGAGGCUAUGAUUCAAGAUCUCGGUGAUUAUCCAGUGAUCUGUCAUGGCGAUUGUUGGGUCAACAAUAUGAUGUUCAAAUACGACGAUGUCAACGACCCCACUAAACCAACCAAAAUAUGUCUGCUUGAUUUUCAAAUCAUGCGCCUCGGCUCGCCAGUGAGCGAUUUGAGUUAUUUCUUCUACGUCAGCGCACCGAAACAAUAUUUAGAUCAAUUGGAUAAGUAUCUACGUGUUUAUCACGACAGUUUGACCAGCUCGUUGUUGGAAAUGAAAUGCAAAGUUACGAUGUCGUUCGAGGACCUGAAGAAGGAAUGGAAACGGGGUGCCGUUGCAGGGUACAACAUGUCGCUGGUCGUCUCUAAAAUUAUGGCAAGCGAAGGCGACGAAAUAAUAGACUUCGUGAAUAUGACCGUGGAAACCGAUUUUACAAAGGAAUUCGGCAAGGAAUCGAAACACGACGCGUUUAUCAAUAACAAGCUGAAAUUGUUGACGCAACAUAUGUUUGAUAACGGCUUUAUGUAGAAAAAUUUAUAUAUUUUACCGUUUAUGUAACUGCAUGAAUCAUCAAUAAGUAUUUAGUUUUUAUCGCUUUUUAAACACAAGCUAGCAAAUCUUUGUAUCACGAUAACUAUAAUAAACAAAUGUCACGGCAAA